AUGCGCCGCUCGUCGUGCACCCUGCUGUGGGCUUGCCUGCUGCUGGCCACCACCCUCUGGGUGGAUCGCGCCGUGGCCGUGCGAGAGCAUGACUUCAAAAAGUGCCGCGACUCGUCCUUCUGUCGCAGGAUCCGCCGCCAAUCCGAGUACGUAGAGCAGUGGCAGCAGGAUCACAACGAGCCCUUCACAUCUCCCUACUCGGUCGCCAGCCAAACACCCAACUUUGUUCACGCCAACGCCAGCAUCAACCUUCCGCUCUCCUCGGCCCUGCACCCCGACAUCCAGUUCGAGCUCUCUCUCACCUUCUUCAAGGACGGAACCGCUCGCGUUCGCGCUGACCAGCUGGGCGAGCGCUACGGAGGCUGGAAACGCUACGACGAGGCCGCCAAGUGGGCAGUCGAGCAGCUGCCCGACUUGGCCUCGGCACCUUCGGACACGCGCAUCGACUCGCACAAGCACGGCUUCCAAGUCCACUUUGGGCCGCAACAUUCGCGCUCGCUCAGGCUCCAAUUCUCUCCGCUCAAAAUCGAAAUCCUCAGAGACGGCGAGGUCCAGGUCGUGCUCAACGAUCGCGGUCUCUUGCACCUCGAGCACUUCCGCAAAAAGCCAGAGCCCUUCCCAACCGUCAAGCAGGAAGACCAGGAGGUACAUCAGCUCGUAUUCCAGCGCAACAAGCGCUCCAUCCUCAGCUCCCCCUCUUCUGCGCAGUACACCGAGUCGCUCGUCUCCCAAUGGGCAGGCUUCGAGAAGGAGGACAACGGCGAGUGGGAAGAAACCUGGGCCUCGCGCCGUGACAGCAAGCCAAAGGGUCCCGAGGCGCUCGCCCUGGACAUGACCUUCCCAGGCUACACCCACCUCUUUGGCCUGCCCGAGCAUGCCUCUCCGCUCUCGCUGCGAUCCACCCGAAAUCCCGUCGGUCGCCCCGCUGCAGACGACGAGAAGGACCGUUUCGACGACCCCUAUCGUCUCAUGAACACCGACGUGUUCGAGUACGAUCACAAUUCUCCCAUGAGCCUCUACGGCAGCGUCCCCGUCCUGCACGCCCAGAGCAAGGACCGCGCCGUCAGCGUCUUCUGGCUCAACGGUGCAGAGACCUGGAUCGAUCUCCACAAGUCCACCUCUUCCAAAAGGUCUCCGGACACCACAUCCUACUCGCACUUCUUCUCCGAGUCCGGCAUCCUCGACCUCUUCAUCUUCACAUCCGCAGACGCAAAGACCAACAUGGCACACUUCACCCGCCUCGUGGGCCGAACCGUACUGCCGCAGUACUUUGCCAUCGGCUACCACCAGUGCCGCUGGAACUAUCUCACCGAUUCCGACGUCAAAGAUGUGAGUCAGAGGUUCGACGACGAGGACAUCCCCAUGGACGUCAUGUGGCUCGACAUCGAGUACAGCAAGGACCACAUGUACGGCGUUUGGGACGAAAAGGCGUUCAAGGACCCCGAGGGGAUGGUCAAGGCUCUCGAUGACAAAGGCCGCAAGCUGGUCGUCAUCAUAGAUCCGCAUCUGAAGCGCACGCGCGACUACUGGCUCUACGCCGAAGCGCAGGACAAGAAGCUGCUCGUCAAGGACUCGGACGGCAAGGGCGAGUACGAAGGCUGGUGCUGGAGCGGCUCCGCCAGCUGGCUCGACAUGUUUGAGCCCGCCAGCUGGAAGUGGUGGGCCGAUCAAUUCACACUCAAGGGAAGUGCGCUGGCAGGCAAGAUCCGCGCCAACGCGCGCAACGUGUUUGUGUGGAACGAUAUGAACGAGCCAGCCAUCUUCAAUGGACCCGAAGUCACUUCACCCAAGGACGUCAUCCACGCCGGCGGCUGGGAGCACCGCGAUCUGCACAACAUCAACGGCAUCCUCUUCCACAACCAGACUGCGCGUGGCUUGCGCGACCGCGAGCUCUCGCUUCCCAGCUCCCUGGGAGGAGGCAAGCCACGCAGGCCCUUCGUCCUGUCGCGCGCCUGGUGGGUCGGCACUCAAAAGUACGGAGCGAUCUGGACCGGCGACAAUCUGGGCACAUGGGAGCAUCUGGCCGUGAGCGUGCCCAUGAUCCUGGCCAACAACAUUGGUGGAAUGAGCUUCUGCGGUGCCGACAUUGGCGGCUUCUUUGGCAACCCAUCGUCCGACAUGCUCGUCCGCUGGUACCAGGCUGGCAUCUUUGAGCCGUUCUUCCGGGCCCACGCACACAUCGACACCAAGCGCCGCGAGCCGUACUUGCUCGAGGAGCCUCUGCGAAGCGCCGUUCGAGAGCUCAUCAAGCUGCGGUACAAGAUGCUCCCCAUGUGGUACACUGCCUUCAAGGACAAUGCCGUGACGGGUAUGCCGGUGCUGCGACCGCAGUACCUGAUGUUCCCCAACGAUCCGGACGGAUUCGCCAUCGACACGCAGUACUACAUCGGCGACUCGGGACUGCUGGUUCGUCCCGCUGUGGACAAGGAUGUGGACUCGGUGUCGAUCUAUCUGGCGGAAGACCGACCGUACUACAACUACUUUACGCACGAGGUGUACCAGGGCAGCGAGCGCGGACGAAGCGUCACGGUGGCCGCGCCGCUUACGGAACAGAUGCCGCUCUUGCACCGCGGUGGCUCAAUCCUUCCGCUUCGCGAGCGUGCCCGGCGAGCGGCGGAGCUCGGACGUACCGAUCCUUUCACGCUCGUCGUAGCUCUGGACAAGGAGGGGCGACUCGGCAAGAGUGGAGCGUCGAAUGUGCUCGCCGAAGGAAGCCUGUACCUGGACGACGGGCAGACGUACGAGUUUGAAGAGGGCCAAUUUGCAUGGCGCCGAUUCGAGUGGACGCGCGACACGGCUCCGGGCAAGCACGUGCUGCGUAGCACCGACGAGUCUGCACUCAAGAUGGGCGAUGCCGAGCUGGUGUUGGGCGACAGCAAGCAGCUGCAGGCGUACGACGAGUCCAACGCGUAUGCACAAUCCAUCAAGGAUGUGCGAGUGUCCAAGGUGGUCGUGCUUGGCUUGGAGCGCGAGCCCAAGGCGGUGCACAUCCAGGGCAAGCGCGUGCAGAAGGACGCUGCAGCGUCGGUGGUGGAAUGGACUUGGAAGAGCGGCACGAGCGCCUCGGGCAAAGGUGGCGCCUUCACUCUUGGAGCCAACACGGCUUCGGAACUGGUGAUCAAGGACCCUGCCGUCGCGCUUGUGUCGGACUGGACGAUCGAGUUGGAGUUCUAA